CAGAGAAGGGAAAACUGAGGAAGUAAAAUAAGACUAGAAACACAGGGAAUAAACUACUACAAAAUAAUACAUAAAACACUGAAAACUGAUAUAAGCAAUAAAACACUGAGAACAUGAGGGAACCAGGGUCAGACACAAACUGAAAACUCACAAGACAGGAUUACAGGGGAACAGGAACAAUAGGGAACAGAAACACUAGGAAAAAUCACAAAGAAAACACACUCCAGGGAGACAAAACCAGGGAAAAACUAACUCAAACAAAAGAACAUGUCGUGACACUUCAGUUUUUAAACAGAAGAGAAUUUUUCUCUGUUUUUGAACAGCACUAAUGUGACACAAAUUGGGAGAAAUAAAAAAAACAGCUUGUGUUUAGGGAGUGCUGCUCAGUAACUAUAUUUUUGACAAAGAGGAGAAGGAGUUCUCAAUCUGAGCAGCACCACUUUUUGGCACAGGUUUUGGGGAGACAAAACAGAGCUUUGCUUUGUUUUGGGAGGAGAUAGGCUUUUUCAUUCCCCUUUUUUCAGAAAAGAGAAAACUUGAGUUCUGGGUUAAAAGAGCACUGCUCUACUGCAAUCAUUACGAGAAGAGAGAGAAAACCUUGAUUAUGGCAAUUAGGAGCACCGCUGUGUGACAGGUUUGGGAAUAGAAAAAAUAACCUUGGUGUUGUUUGUGAAUGGCACUGCUCUGUGACGCAGGCUUUUUAGAUAAGAGAGAAAAUGUGUGUUAGUUUGAGGAGCACUGCUCUGUGACACAGAGUUUGAGAAAAGGGGAAAGAACUUUGCUUUGGUUUGGAACAGAGCUGCACUGUGACUGUGAGAAAUAGGCUUUCUACCAGCCAUGAGGAUAAGAAGUAUUUAUCUCUGUGAAAUAGAUAGCAAAGGACGAUGCUACAAGGCCCCUUACAAGUCCAGGAAGAUAACUGUAUAACUGUAUAAAAAGUCUGCAAGUUUUACAAUGAAAAGACCAAUUCUCAGGCUUGUCAUGCCUUGAACAAUAAAUGUAAUAGUUUAUUUGUAUAGAGCUCAUGGUGAAAUGUGCUAUAGGAUGUGGUGGUGCUGAUAAAUAGAGCAACACUUUAAGACCUAGACACAGAUUGACUCAGGAAUUUACAUAGUAUUUGGAGCUUAGUAUAAUUUUAGGAGUGUAUAAUUUGCCAAAAUAAAAUGAACACACUUCAAACAAAACACACCUUUUUAUAACAGCAAAGACAACAAAUUAAAGGAUCACUGAUAAUAUGAAAUGCAAACAGAGAAAAGAAAAAUCUGGUAUACACUGGCAUAACAAAAUAAAAACAACUGGAGGAAGUAUUUGAAUACAGUUAACGCUUUUGAGAAUAGAAAGAAACCAAUCAACGAAUGAAAACAUUGAACUUCUGUUUGCUUGAUCUCACAGAAUCCAAUAGUUAAGCUCUUCAUCACUUUCUUGACCUAACAAAGCCUGUAUCUGCACCUAAUUUGGACCUUCGGCUGAAUUCCGGUCGGAUUUCGCUGAUCGAUCGACGAUUAUCAAAUCGUCGUAUAUGCACAAAAUUGGUCGCACCCAUCUGCCGAAACCCGGGAUCGAACCAGGGACCUUUAGAUCUUCAGUCUAACGCUCUCCCAACUGAGCUAUUUCGGCUUCCGUAGUGUGUACAACUACUGCUGAUUCAAAGCACAAAUAACUGGAUUAGUUCUCACGCGACGGCUACAGAGAAGUGCAUCUCGACUAUAGACUGUCAAAUGUGUUGCUUAAAGUUUCAACCGUUAAUAUUUAUAAGCAAUAUUAUAAAUGAUAAAACUCAAGCAAGCGCAAAAUGUACUCCAUUAAGGGAUUUAUGCUAACUAUAACCACAAAUCAAAUGGAAGAAUAUGGCAGAAAACUUAGUUCAUUACAUUUACGGAUUCGCUUCAACGUGGCUUAGUUUUUUUCUUUGUUAUCAACUGGAACCCUCUCUAACAAUGAAAUGCUGCUUAAAACUUACAUUGACCCGUACGGGAAUCGAACUCGAUACCUUGGCGCCCUCACUCUCACCGACUGAACUAACCGGCCAUUGGUGGAAGUUAUCGUGACGUUAUCAACCAUGUAUGAAGCUGGCAGAAAUGAAAGUAAAACUGCUAAACUCACCAGGCGACGACUGCGGAAGCACGGUAAGUUUUAUAUUUUCAAGCUGGCAAUAUUUCAUCUUCUCAAACAUAGAAUCAGGGGUCACAAGAUAUUUAUUAUUGAGUUGUUUAUUUAAGUUUAUAAGUUUCUGACAGAGGGAUUUAUCAGAGUAGUUGCCCUCAUUAGUUUGGCCUCUAUGUGGAAAAAGCCCAUCGAUAUUUAAAGGAAUUGUAGGAAGGAAAUUGAAAAGGCUAAAAGGCUUUCAGGAAGUAAAGCAGACACAUUUAUUGAGAGAGAGCAAAGAAGAUAAACAGAAAGCUACAGGAUACACCAGAGAUUCACUGGGCAGUCAUGCCACGCAAAUAGUACAGUUCAUAUUAGGGUUGUGUCAUUCGCGAACGAUUUGUUCAAAAGAACCGAAUCUUUUAAGUGAACAGAAUCACUUCCUUGAGUGAUUCGUUCAUUUCUCUCUUCAGUUGAGCUGAAGUGAGAGACAGCCUUGCCAGGCCAGCAGCUGGCAAACGAGGGACCACAUGCACCGACGCCUAAAUCACUUGGUGAACAAAUCACGCAUUGAACUACACUCUCUUGAAUCCUUUUUGUCGGACAAAUCUACCUUUUUUUCACUGCUAAAUUGCCACCACAACAAUUUGCAUACAAUAGGACAGCAUGUAACAAGUAGUGCAUCAAACCUGCAGCAUCCUAUCAUUGCAGCAGUUUGCCUGGGAACGGUGCAUGUUCAGUGUGAAUCCUCUAACAUUCAGUGAACGAAUCACUCACUGACCCCAAUUUACCAGCAGACCUCGUAAGUAGCAUACCAUAGGACAGUACACUUAAAACAUCAUGACUUAUAUACAAGUAAAUUUUUACCAACCUGUUUGCCAAAUCAACACAGCCAAACACUCUGGUCUCCUGGUCCCAGAAACUAUGAAUUGAACUGAAUCCUGAACGGUUCAGCUGUGUAUCAGUUCAGGAGGUCGGAGUCGCAGGCUUCUCCCUCCAAGCACUAAAUGAUUCGGUAAUUUGGUGAACGAAUCUUUUAAACAAAUCUUUUUAGUGAACUGAUUCUAGUGAUUCAGUACAUCUAAAAGAACUGCUGUGCCCAUUACUAGUUCAUAUAAGGUAAACUCAUGUAGCUAUGUUAGGGCUAAGGGGAUUUAUCAUUUCUUUCUGUCAGGAGAACCCUUGUGCUGUUUUAUCCAAGUACAUUUACAGUUGGUGCUCCUAAAUGCAUUCAGUAAAGAUGCCAAAUUUCUGAUUUUAUACCCACAGCUAGGACUCUCACAGGAUGUCAGUAGAGUUCUCUGGCUGGGAGGUGGUGGACGAUGGUGCCUCUUUUUCUGGUGUGGAGCUUGAAGAGUCCCAGAGACCUCAAAACCGUGGCGUCUACGCUAUGUACCAUGGAACCAGCAUUGCCAGUGCAAGGCUCAUCAUUUCCGGUGGCUUUAAACAGUCAUCAGGUGGCAUGCUGGGAAGAGGCGUGUAUGUCAGUCGUGAUAUAAAGAAGGCUUCACAUUAUCCACUGAAUAGUGCGAUCACAGACCGUGUGGUCCUAAAGGUGCGUGUGCGUGUUGGCCGUGUCAAACGCAUCGACCAGGACAACCAUCCAAUGCAGUUCACUUGGCAUGCUAACGGUUAUGACACCGCCUGGGUGCCCCCCAACAUUGGUCUCAAAGCUGUGCGCAGUGGCCUAGAAGAAGAUUGUGUGUUUGACCCCAAACGAGUGGAGGUAGUUGGAAUUGCAAAGGCACCCAAUAAUACCAUCGAGAGGGAAAUGAAACAGCUUCUAUCAAAAAAACGCCAUGCAGGAAGAGGAGGUCAUGCUGCUGCAAAUCUGUGUUCGCUGUGCAGGAGGAAAACCCAGCAGGGUUCUCCACAUGUCAUACAGCAGUGCUGGGAGUGUGGUCAAAAAAUCUGCAUCCUCAUGUCCAAGCACUUCUGUCCUGCCAAAGGGGGGAAAAAAGGAGUUAAAAAGUCUGUAUAGACUUUAAACAUGAAGUGCUGAGAAAACACAACUGUUUAGGGCAGAAGUUGUAAACUCAACUUGCAAUUUUACUUUAAAAAUUGUUCAGUGUGUCUUUUCAAUACAGCCUGGACUACAAUUUAUUGAGAAUUAUCUAAAUGCUUUAGGGUGGGAAUUUAAUCUUUAUUACAGUUUUACUCUGCUUACUGUUGUGUUUUGCCUUAAGUAUUUACUCAUUGUCUUUUGUUGUCCUGUUUAACCUGUUGUGUGUGGUAACAUGUAGAAAAAGUUUUCAUAUCAAUUUUUGUUUCUUUUUCAAUUGGCUGACUGUUAUAGGCCAAUCAAUCAACAAGCAUGCAAUCUAAAUCAAAGGCUACAUGUUAAGCAAAGUUAAAGGCUUCAGUAUGCUGUACUCUAAAUCAUGAACUGUACUAAAGCAAAUAAAUUUCUUUGCUCUGUCAUCAGAACUGAUAUUGUUUUACCUGGGUAGUAUGUUGAGAUGCAUUCCUCUUUCAGAAAAAAACCCCCACAGUAUUUACCAGGGCAUUUUACCAAAGGGAGGACAGAGAGGAGCGAGACAUCUUUAAUAAAUUAUUCAUUCGGCAGACUCCGAAGUGGCAUGCAAACAAAAGAUGAGAGGAUGUGUGCACAAUCAAAGUUGUGUUGUACAAACAAGCAGUUUGUAGAGAGAUAUUUUGGCUCUCAAGAUCUGCUAGCGUAGUAAGUCCUGUCUCCUGUCAGGCUGAUACAAAAAUAGACUCUACCGCAUGAAGGCUGGG